CACACUGUCACCGCACAAACAGCUGAUCGCACGAAGCUAAAAAUAAAAAAAGGUAAAUACUGCGGAAUAAUCGCUUUUCAGUUGAAAAUUGUACGCUGUGUGGAUUAUUGACUUCGCCACAGAGCUGGAAAAGCGAUAAGAUAUACUCUUGCGAUCCCAAACAAAACAUCUGCUGGGGGGCUGCGAAGUUUAUCGAUUUCUCAAACGCUGCGGCGCAUCAGAAAUUUUCCGAAAACGGGGAAUCCCAGGUAAACUCUGAUCGCUGACCUCAGAUCGCCGAUGAUUAGUGCCAGGCAGCAGUAUCAGCGCAACAGCGACGGCGCCAUGUCAGACGAAGAAUCGUUCGUGAUCCUGGGCAGCUCGCCAUACUCAUCGCUGUUGCCAGACGCAGGAGGUGUUGUGAGGGACGGCCUGGAUAGCGGGGAGGAGGCCAUGGAGCCCCCGGCAUCGAGUUCCACGAGCUCUCAGCUGAAACAGGAGAAGCAGCAACCGGUGUCAAGUGGCCCCGCCAGUUCGAGUGGCACCGCCAGCAUGAGUGCCUCACAGCAGCUCCGAUCGCUAGACAGCGAGGCGCCCCAAUCGCUGGCCGCCAGCUUCAUAAUGGGCGAAGUGAAAUCCGACGUGCUUAAGAGCAGUGUCUACUCGCAGUUUCCCAGCCUCUGCUCGCUGCAGGCUUCCGCAGAGGAUGUGGUCAAGCUGCAGAACAUGAUGACGGAAUAUUUAACCUUAAAAACCACGCUGGACAAGGUGAACAACACCAUGCUAAACUACCACAAGCUGACGCAGCAGUGGCGCCAGGAGGCAGCCGACAGGGAGCAGCAGUGCAAGCAGCAGCUGCUCGAGUGCCAGGAGCAGGUCAUAAGCCUGCGCGCUGAGAAUCAGCAGCUAAAAGCGGACCUGGAGACAAAGAUUGCCCAGAUAGAAAUGGUGCAGGACUUUAGCCAAAAGGAGCAGGACGAUCUGCGAAAGAGCGUUUCCGAAAAGACCUCUCUGAUCAACAACAUGCGUGUGGAGAUCGACAAGCUGCAGCAGCUCAAAAUGCACUCGUUCGAAUUCGUACCUGAGGAGGGUGCCAAGGCCGAACCGGAUGCUGCCCUGGCCUUAAACUAUGUGCAGCGGGACGAGCAUGAUCGCCAAGUGCGGGAGCUGAAGCAUCAGCUCUCAGAGGUCGUGGCAGAGAACCUUGAAAUCAGGGAAAUGAAGAAAACCUACAUUGAGGAGAUCGAUUGCUUAAAGGUCAACCUAACCAGUGCCCAGGAGCUAAUGGGCAAAAUGCAGCGGGACAUUGACGAACUGAAGGCCAAGGAUAUUCAGAAGCAGGAAGAGAUCGAACACCUGAAGACACAGAACGACAUCUAUCGCCGUGACUUUGAGAUGGAGCGGGCAGAUCGCGAGAAGAAUGCCGGCGAGAAGGAACAGUAUUUGAUGGACCUGCGUUCACUGCAGAGGAAGAACCAGGAGCUAAUCGAGGCACUGGCCGAGUCCCACAGGGCCAGCAAGUCGGCAUCUCCUGCCUCCUCCUUGAGUUCGAGCCGAAGCAGUCUGCGCGAGGAGCAGAGACCCGUAAGAGUUCUUGAUCCAACUGGAGCUGCAGCCUCCCGGACACCGGAGGCCAUCCUGCGCUGCCCCAUCUGCUCAAAGUCCUUUAACGCCCUCAGCGUGCUGCAGAGCCACGUGAACGAUUGUUUGGACAAAAACUAAUUAUCAAUAUUUGUUACAUUAACUUUCUUUAUAGUAUACGGUUUAUUGUUUAAGCUUAACCAUUAGCCCUUGAGCUGAUUGCACAUUAUAUAAAAAAUAGCACAUUAUAAUUACAAUAACAGUGGAUAGUUUCUCAA